GCGGCGCCCAGCGGCACAGCGUCUCGACCGGCCAGGCUUUUGCCGCGACUAGCUCUGUUUCUGCUCGCCAUCUCCGCUCCACCCUUGGCUGCGCAGAAGUUUCCGUACAUCCCCACCACUAUUCUCCUUCCCGAGCUUUUAGCCAUUGCUCCCGAAAGCAGCAAUUUCAGCGGGGUCGAUUCCGACUUGGUCUAUAUCUUUACCCCCAGCGACAGGAGCGUCGGCGAUAAGCCCGCGGUCGAGCUUCUUUCCCUCAACAUCUCUACCGCCGUCGACAGCGACACAAGCCUCGAACUCGUCUCCUCCAGCCUGCCCUUUGUCGAUGAAUUAUCCAACACGACCACUUUCCUGCCGAGCCUGACCGACAACGGCACCCUCGUCGUCCAAGCGGGAGACUGCCAGUCCCCGACCGACUACAACGUGUGGACAUACACGCCUACCGGCCUGGGUCUGUCGUCGACAGAGGGCGUCUGGGCGAAGCGCCGGGUCGACAUAACUGAAGAUCAGGAUGGUUCCAUCCAGCCGGUGCCGCAUUUCCUGGGCGCCGGCAUAAGCUUCUCCUCGGAUUGGAGCCCCAGAAUGUCCGAACCUGUUUUGUACUCGUAUGGCGGCAUGUGUUCAUCGCCAACCGCAGACCCGUCAACUUGGCAAUCCAACGGGACCUAUUCGAACCGGAUGGUCCGCUUUACCCGGACCCAGGACGGAUCUCGCGGGGGUUAUGAGGUGUCCUUCCUCGCAGCUAGGGGCCCCGCCUUUCCGGCUGCCGGCUUCACCUUUACGGCUCUCACGCCCUCCAUUGCCAAUAGGUCGGAUACGCUGGUGCAAAAUAAACGUUACGUCAUGCUUGGCGGCCACACAGAGCACGCUUUUAUCAAUAUGAGCACGGCUGCCAUCUGGAGCCUACCCGAGGAGUCGUGGUCAUUCCUGGACAUCAAUGAACCCAUCCAGAACGACAAUGCCGACGACGAUCUUGGCCUCGAACUGGCCGUCAAGAAUCUCGCUGACCGGGACGUGUGGCACAGCGUGGACAGCCGGUCUGGCCACACCGCUAUACUAAACGAAGAGGGAGAUGCGCUGAUUAUACUUGGAGGCUGGGUUGGCAGCGUCUCGCAGGCGGCUUACCCCCAACUCGCCAUGCUCAGGAUCGGCGACUCAUACGGGGAGUGGACGUGGGAGAUUCCUGGUAGCCAGCCGGACGGUCCUGCCCUUUACGGCCACGGUGCCGCACUGCUCCCCGGUAACGUCAUGAUGGUCUACGGUGGAUAUGAGAUGACGAAUUCUGAUGAGAGACUCGAGAGACGGAGUAGCCGCGGAUCACCUCGGUUUCUGAAUCUAACGUCCAUGUCCUGGGGCGCCAGCUACGAAAACCCUGCAUAUACUGGACGGGACCACGGCAGCCCGGACUCGAGCAGCGGCGGCGCAAACGACAACGACCGCAUCCGGACCAUUGGCCUCGGCGUGGGUAUUGGUAUUGGGUCUCUCGCCAUCAUCGGAGCCAUCUUGGUCUGGUUCUGCUAUAGGAGGCGACUGAAGAGAAAAAACCGCGAGGACACGGUCCGGGGCCUAGCUCAGGACGCAAGCCGAUUCCUGCACGACGAUGAUGAGAUGAUGGAAAGGGAUGACCAUUGGUCUCAACAGUCCUGGUAUGUCGGCGGCCGCGGGCCGUAUGACCUGGUAGGGGGCAGAUCCCUCGGGUACGAGACGCUCCGAAGCAGCCGCAGCUCGCUGGGCGGUUACGGAAGACAACCCGCCCCUGCGUUGUUUGCUCCGCGCAAGCCAGUCCCCCGGGCGGCACGAGGUGCCUAUCAGCCCGCCUUAUCCCACCCAGGCAGUUUAACGAGCCCGGGUCACAUUCACCCGAUUUACGAGGCCGAUGAAGAGGAUCCGGACGACCCUGCUGAGCAGGCUAAGAAUGCUGUGAAUGCUCGCGUCCCCCACGCUACGCCCGGCACGCCUACCUCGCCUACUUAUUCCGAUCCGUUCGCCACGCCUACAGCAGGCUUGACGUCUGCCCCGGCCACGUACUUCCCGCCCACCCGCGCCAGCGCCACGCCCAGUCCCGAGAGAGACCUGCAGCGCCACCGGAUCGACCCUGAAGUCCAAGACUGGAAAUCCGAUAUAGACGCGGCCGAGGCCCUCCUCGCGCAAAUACCGCCCCGCUCCCGCACUGGUGGUAUCAACCUCCGCGACUCGCCGACACGGCGGCCUUCCAUGCGUUCCGCCGCGUCUACGCCUUUACCGUCUGGGGUAGACGAUAUCGAGCGCUCAGCUAGUGGGCUCUCGGACUCAAACCGCAGUGCUCUAAGUAGCUUGGUCUCGCGCUCGCUCCUGGCAGGGGCCAACGCCGCCGCUGCCGCCGCUGCUACAACAGGAGCAAACACCAACAACGACGACCGUGUCGGGACCUCCGGCUCCAAUUCGAGUGGCAGCACCAACACCUUCACAACUGCUACAACUGGCUUCGGAGCCCUCCAGGCUGAGGGUCCAUCGCUUCUGCAAGGGACGGAGGAGCGGGAGGGUCAUCAACAACACCGUCGCGGAGACAGUUACCCGGGCGGAGACGAUGAGGACGAUAUCCUCGUUCCCGGAAGCCCCAGCAAGAGCAAACCUCGCCGUCAGCAGGGGUGGCUUGGCAGCAUACGACGUGUGUUCAGUGCCGGAGGCGGUGCAGGGCGGCCAGGGAGCGGCAGCAGCGGGAGCAGCGUCGGCCCCUCACGCCGGUCACUAGAUGGGCAGGACGAAAUCUCAACCACCUAUGAGCCCCGCGUUCUCGGGCUGUCCAAUAUCGGAGGCGGCGAGUUGCUGCGACGGAAACAGGGCAGGCGAGGCUGGGGAGUCGACGGUGCGGGGGAGCAUGCGAGCGAGAAGACGGCAAGAGGUGAGGCCUCACGGGGACCGGCAUAUGAUGGCGAAGGCGGAGGGCUAGAAGACGACUGGGACAUUGAGAAGGAGAUUGAGAAGAGGCUGGUGCAGGUGGUGUUCACUGUUCCGCGAGAAAGACUGCGCGUCGUUAACGGCGACGAGACGGACCUCGACCGGCAGGAAGGGGAGGCGGAAAUGGUGGACCCGGAAAAGAGGGUCAUGCUGUCCGAGGAAUCGUCCUCAAAGCCGGAGCCAUUGCGCAUCCGUAAGCAAAUGCCGAGUCUCGAGAAGAUCAAUACCAACGUGGGACCUGCGGCUCCCCUCGUCUUGGGAAAUGCCAAGGGCUCCGGAAGGGCAGACGACCCCUGGUCCCCGGCGCCAGAGCGGACCAGGCCGACGCUGUUGCAGGUGCCCUCGCCAGAAGAGGGCGCGGCACGACGAGGCUCCGGCGGGAGCGGCGAUGCCGGUCUAGGAGACACCAACGGGCGACACUCGGCUACGAUUCACACGGCGGAGGCUGUGCGGUUUGCGAGGCCGCGGACCAAGGUGCUGGAGAUGGUGGAGAGUUUCGAGACGAAGGGUAGGGAGGGGAGU